GCACACACAUCACACACCUGACGUCUUCUCUUUCUCACUCUCCACACACACACACACACACACACUCCAAUGGAAGAACUUGGCGGCGGCGGCCGCUCGCGGCAGCACCGCAACGCUCCGCCUUCCGAUCGACUUCUAGGAGUAUUCAGUCACCAGCCGGGCGCGCCGGCGCUGGAGCUCUCCGAACAGGACAUCUUCAACACCCCGUCGGGCAGCUCUCCCCCGUCCCCCACACACUCGGGCAGCAGCCCUAACCGGACGCGGGGCGUCCACAACCACACGCGAAAUCAGUACGGCAUCCUAGCCGCGCUGAACGAUAACCUCAAGACCCGAUCCGGAUCCGAUAACCGGCCCGUGUUCAACCACAAGGCAUCCGCCCCCGUCUCCCUCUCGUCGUCGUCGUCGUCGACCUCCCCCGCCGCGUCUUCCUCGUCGCGGAUGAUGAUCCCGAGGAAGCCGCCGCCUCCGCCGCCGGUGGAGAGAAUGCGGCUCCGGCAUCAGUCCGCGCCGGUGAAUGUGCCGGUGAUACCCGCGGCGAUGAGGAGGAGGGCGCGGGAUUUGGAGGAAGUGCUGUCGGAGGAGGAGGAGGAGGGGGAGGAGGCGGCGAGGAGCAAUGGAGUGAUGCUGCCGCCGCACGAGGUGGUGGCGGCGCGGAAUUCGCCGAUGCUGGCGAACUCGGUGCUGGAGGGGGCUGGCCGGACGCUUAAAGGCAGGGAUCUCAGGCAGGUGCGCAACGCCAUUUGGCGAAAGACUGGAUUUCUAGAUUGAUUUCUACCCCUUUUUGGUGUAUCUGUAGGGAAUUCUUUUGUUUGUGAUUUGGUUUAGAAUAUGAAAUUAUGAAUAAUGUGUUUGUCUGCAUAUGUAGGGAUGUUUUGUACAUAAAACGUGGGAAGUUAUAGCUAUAAAUUUGAUUAUAUUUUAUGUUGGCUUAUA